AUGGUGGCGUUUGCAUUCCAGCUUAAUGAUGUCUAUGAGAAACAGCCCUACAAAGUAGGGAAAGAAAGCCAUUUGAAGAGUGUUGUUGAUGCUUUGAAUGAGAAAUUAUGUUCAGGUCAUGAUGGUUUUAAGAGAGUCAUUGACUUGGUGGCCGAUGGUGUCGGGAGGUAUAAUAAGGAGGUGGAGAGAUCUAAUAGAAAAAUUAAAAGUAAAAUAGAAAGAUUGCUAGAGCAGGUAGGUGAAGAGUUCGAGAGCAUGAUUACGAAGAUUCCUGGUGAAGAAAUUUUUGGUAAACUGCAGUAUAUUGGUGAACAGUGUAAGAAUAAUGUGAUCAACGCGAGAAAACAGAUUAAGCAUGAGACUGAGAGGCUUCGUAAAUUGUCGGAGAAGGAAUGGAAGGACUUGAAAACCAUGGAAAUGAACAUUGCGACGGUGCUUCAAAAGCUCGGAGUUGACGUUAACUCGCAUAUUAGUAGGGAAGUGAAAACACUAGUUGAGAAUUUGAAAGCAUUGGUUCAAAAAAUAAGAAAUCUGCUCAACGAUAUAUUCAAACAGCUGAGCAACUACAUUUUCGAGUUGGAAAAGUGGAUGAAAAAUGCGGACACUAUGGUGAAUAGUGCAAUGGAAGGGACGACGGAAAUUGCCGAUAAGAAGCCCGGAAAGAAUAAUCAGGAGAUGAUUAACGCAAAAGCGGGGCAGGUUAAAGAUUGGAGUGGUUGGCUUGAAAGGUAUAUCGCGGACCUUAGCCGUCUCACAGGUCAGGUUAAUGGGAAGGUUGCGGCGCUUGCAGGGGCGUUUAGUGAUCUUGGCAGCGAUAAAAAUAUUAAAGGGAUUUUUGAUGACCUUAGAGGGAAGGCUUUAACAAUUAAAUCGAAGGUUGAAAUGAAUAGUCUCAAUGACACUAUUCAGCAUAAUUGGGAAAAUCUCAAGUUGAAGAUUAAGAAACUUGUUGAAGAUAUAAAGGGUAAGGACGAAGAUAGAACCUUCGGUCAUAUUGCCAAAAUUAUGAAAUCUGUUGCAGCGUGGGCUAAGAAGUUUGACGACGCGAAAGAGAUGGAGAAUGAGCAUGAUAUGAAAUUUGACGAUGUAGUACAGGGAUGGGUGGAGGAGAUUUUGAACAACAAUCAUUUGGUGGCGGGAUGGAUUAAGGAGUAUUUUACUAAGAGCCAUAAGGGUAGUGAGUCACCAUAUAGUAUUGACGGCUUUUGGAAAAAGGAGGAUGUUACCAAGCGGAUGGCAGAAUAUAUUAUGCAAAACAUCGAGAAAUCCAAGAUUACUGCAGCGCAAACUAUGCUUACACCACAAGAAGACGAUGAUAGGGACAAAAUUGAGACAUACGUCCAAGCUGUCCAGAAUGUUUGUAAUACUUUUGCCGACGCACUAGAUAAGAAGCUUGGAUCUCAGGAAAUUGAUAAGCUCGUUGAAGCUGUAGCUCAAGCAAUCGACAAAGGAUUUGCGACGCCGGCUCACUCACUUACAGGCUCAGAACCUAAAGAUUACAUUGCAUGGGCCAUCAAAUAUACUCUCCACCAGCUGGUUGGAAUGGGGAGAGGGGCGGCUGAAGAACUUCAGUCGUUCAUCGACGCGGCGAAGAUAGACACUAACCUGAAGCAGAUUAUAAGUAGCGUUGAAUCAAUCGGUAAGCAAUUUGACGAAGAUAAUAACGCGCAUCCAGACGAAGACUACGGCUACCAUAUAAAUAAGGCAUUGCAAACCGUGAAUCCCACAAUUGACAAACUCCACUCCCAACUCAACGCGGCGACUGGACAACCCAGCUCCGGCACAAAUCACGCCGACGAAGUUGAUAAGGCGAUUGAAGCGGUCAAAAACAAAGCGAUCGAACUAACCACUGGCGACACAACUGGCAUGGCAGCACUGUCCCACGAAAUCAAAUCUAAUCUCGUGGCUCUGACAGGGGAAUUUGCCAUCGCUGGUAAAAAGGUCAGUGAGCAAUUGGAAAAGCUUAAAAAGGAAAUCUCUUUAAACAAGGAUGGAGAAGGCCUACAUAAAAUUCACAAACAACUUAAAGAGCUGCACGGAGGUGCAGUCACUGAUGCCCUCAGUGCUGCUGAGAAAUUCCUUAAACCGGACGCCUACAAACUUCGAGAUGAAACUAUCGAAAAACUCCGGGGACAAGUCGACAAGGAAAUAGAGAACGCUAAAAAGCUAAUGAUCAAACAGGCACAGAAAAUUUACGUGACGUCAGUCAAAGAGAUGCUGAAGGCCUUCGCCGAUAAGGUGCAAAAGGAGCUGCAAGAUUUGCCCAAGCAAAUUGACAAAGAGCGAAAGGAGGGCUUCAAGGGUUUUAUGAGAACCGUUGAAGGCAAAAUUACCGAUAAUGCAACGACUGACGAAAACAUUAAAAAGCUCAAAGAUCUUGCAAGUGAGUCCGCUGACACAGCUGAGCAGAAAGCAACACUCUUCAAAACGCUGUCUACAAAAUUCAAGGAAUUCUUCGGGCCACUAAAGGGGUAUUUGGACACGGAGAUCAUGAGACUCUAUAAAGACAGCAACGCAAAGAAGAAUCCUCCAGUAACAAUUGGAGAUAAGGAUCCACAUCCUUACGCCGACGCACUUGACGCCGUGCAAUCCAAACUAAACACUCUCCUCGACGAACUUCACAACUCCAAUCACUUCACUCACAGUCUCACCAUUAAUCUUGGUAACCUUAGCACCGCACUUAAUAGUUUAGUUCCGACAAAUUUCGAGGGCCCGUGCAACACGCUGCCGGACGUUCUCAAGGUCGGACUGAGAGGGUUCCACGCUGAACUCGAAAAGGCGUACGUGUCGGUGUAUGAUGGUGUUAACUUUGGUGCUUCGUUGACGGAGACUAAAGUACACGCUGAUGGACGUACAUCCGGGAAGUUAACAACGUACGGCACGAAGUGCGCAAAAGUCUUCCUCACACUGCUUUCCAUAUUAUCUGACGACUUAAACGCAUUAAAAACCAUUUGUAAAGGCACAUGUAAAUUUGAAAAGAUUAGCAAAUCCACUACGCUUGGUGAAUUCCUUGCCGAUAACGGUUUUAUUGUAUGCAAGACAGAUAAUCAAGACGGUGAGCUGCGCGGAAAUGAAAAGUUCCGAGGUCAGCAUAUACAUACAAAACUAAAUGAAAACAUUGACGGCGCCGAGCGUAAUCCACAUCUUCCGAAGUGUAAGAAAGAAAGUGAAGAAAUUACACAAGCUCCUGCAAAAUACAGUUUAAUGUGA